AUCAAUGGUGACAUCAGAUAAAGGAGAAACCAGCUCUAACUCUGAAUCUGAGCCAAAAACAAGUUCUGUUGCUGAAAGCGAGUUAAGCUCUGAGUCUUCAUUCACAGAAUCGGCAGCAACAUCCAAACCACUAACAAGUACCCCUGGCACAUCAUCAUCUACUAGUUCUUUGCCAUCAACGGUAACUUUUGAAACAGGAGAAACCAGCUCUAGAAUAGUGUCUGGGCCGAUAGCAAAUUCCACCAUGGAUGAGUCAACUGCUGUCUCUUCAUCCACAGACCCUUCACCUACUGUGACGUCCAUACCACUAACAAGCACCCCUAUCUCUUUAUCAUCCACUAGUUCAUUGCUUUCAAUGUUGACAUCUGAAAAAACAGAAACCAGUUCUAACUCUGUUUCGGAGCCAACAACUAGUUCUGAUGCUGAAAGUGAGUUUACCUCUGUCUCUUCAUACACAGAAUCUUCAGCGAAAUCCCCACCACUAACAAGCAUCACUGACUCAUCAUCUUAUACAAGUGCUUUGCCCUUAGUGGUAACGUCUGAAACAGGAAAACCCAGCUCUAGAACAGUAUCAUGGCAAACAACAGGUUUAGCAAUGGAAACUGAGACAACCUUUAUCUCUUCAUCCAUAGACACUUCACCUACAGAAACAUCCAUACCACUAAAAAGCACCCCUACCUUAUCAUUGUCCACUAAAAGUUAA